CACCCUUUCACGACAGACGACCCUACGAGGUUUCGCUUCGAGUCGUCACCAUGCCAAGCAUGCGAGGGAGCCUGGCACCGACGCUAGUCGGAAGCAGCCUCGACGAAGAAGAUGCUGCCGUGUGCUCGUUUGUUCGAAUCCAGCAGUCUCCAUGUUCGCAGGCAAUGGCAUCCCUUCGUGACGAGGUUACGGCUGGUGUGUCCGACGCCGCAUCGCGCAGUGCUGCGGCCGGACUCCACCCUGCCGCCGUGGCGUCAUGGGAUCAAAUGCGCAUGCUGCCUGUGAUGUAUCUGUCGUACCUCGGAACACGCACAUACAUGUACGCCAACAUGAUUCCGAUCGUCGCGGUCCUCCUGCUCUGCGGCCUCUCGGUCGACUACUUCUGGAUGUCCUCCGCCAUCCUUCGACAUGACACUGGGAUUCAUGGCCCCGAUCCUGCCCAACCCCUUUGUAUCCAGCUGACUGCGGCCCAGUUGCCGUGCUCGCCAGCGUCGUGGAAGUCGCUGGCGCGUCCCGUUAGUCUCGUCGUAGUAGUGAGCAUCGUCAUGGGAUGUGCUCUCGCGGGUGCUGCAGCCACUGGCCUCGCUGUGUUGAUCGGCCGCGUUGACGGGUACACCCACGAGCUGAUAGUCCUGGGCGGCGUCACUGGCGUUGCGAGUGGAGGUGCCGCCAUGCUGUGCCCAUCCUGGCGGGCUGCAGCGACGCUCGUCGUGUAUGCGCUGGCGUUUUUCAUGCAGAGCGUCAACUGGGUCGCGUUCGAGCUCGAGGCCGUGCACCACUUGUUCGUUGUCGACAACGGCGAGCUCCUGGCGCAGGCUGGAGUCGUUGUCAUCCUCGUCGUCCUCUUCGAGCGCUCCACCGACCCCCGCCGCAUUCUGCUGCACAUUGCACAGCACGUCGCGGGUCUUUUGCACCUCUACGGCCCCUGCGCCGUCCUUGGGGGCUACAUUGCGUGCCUUCACCGACGCCAAGCGAUUGCAAUCUUUGACGCGGUCGUCGUGACCGCGUGGGGGGUGAGUGUCGGCGCAUUUUGCGUGUACCGCUUCAAGAUCACUCGAGCCCUUCCCGGGCUACGUGCCCUCCAUCGAAUCCGCGUCAUACCGAGCUUGGGGCCGCAGUCAAGCCCGACGUUGUUGGGGAUCUUGGGUGGCGGUCUCACCGGCGUGGCCGCCGCCCUUGUUGCGACGCUGUGGCUGGAAAACUUGCCUCUGCGGAGUCGAUCGCUUCUGGCUGUGUACACACUAGUCGCUACGGUCGUCGCGCAGUACGUCCAUGGCUGGUGGACACUGCUCAUCCAUCGCGCGAACCAAGCCAGCGGGCGACCCCGCUCUCGUCUCACGCACGCCGUCGAGGUGCUUUUGCCCCUCGUGCUGUGCUAUUACCCGUACUAUUCGCUCCACAACCCGAAUGAAUUCGUAUUCACGCGCAACACGCUUCAAGCCGACCUGCACAACAAAACCGCAUCUCGAAGACGUUGCUAAGGCCACAUGCGCCGCUCUCUUCUUCACCUGGCCGCAGCACCAACCUGGACAUGUUGUCGCACCAAACACAGCACAAGCCACGCACGCCAGUGCCAACGCACCACGACCCUCCACAUGCGUCCACCGUUGCCAAGACGGAAGCUGUGAGUUUGUCAAGCCGCCCGGUCGUUGCGAAAGCAGUGGGCGAUGAAAUUUGUGAUGUUGACGAUGCUGAGUGGAAACGUUUAUGCUGGUCAUUCACACAAGUCGACGAGCGUUUGCAGCAUGGCUGCCGCUUUUUGGGGAUGCAGGUGCUCCUUGGGUGGCUUGGACGCGUGGUGGGGCGUCACUCGGUCGACGGUCGACUUGGUCUUUGCUUUCUUGGACAUGAGCGCAUGCAGGAGGCGGAGGCGGCGAGGCGCUUCGCCCAGCGACCACUCGUUGGCGUUGAGCGUCUGGAGCGUUCGCUUACACAGACGGGCGCUGAGCGUGAAGAGCACGGUUGAGUCACGGUGCAUUUGCAGUAAAUCAAUCCACAGCUCCAGGCUCAUGCCGACCCCAUCGACGUCUUCGUCGACUCUGACGACGGCGGUCGUUUUGGUGUCCGCCGUCCCCGGCGACGCUGUCAAGUGCAAACACACUUGGAGCAACUGGUGGAGCAACUCCAAGUGGGGACGGCUCCGGUUGCAUUUUCGAAUUGCUUUGUACAGCAGCCGCGGAACGCGAUGCGCAAGGCACUCGAUGCAGCACUCCUUGGACAGUCGCGUGCACAUUUCGAGUGUGUGAACUGCCUGCAACAUCUCGUGGAGUCGAGGCGACGUAUUCAAGAUCGCCAACGCGCGCUUGAGGCGAUAACGCAGGGGUAUGCUUUCCUCUUGGACGUAGCCGGCCGACUGCUGGCGCAGGGCCAACGUCGCAACGACCGCCGACGUUUGCGCUGCCUGGACGCGGUGACGCAUGAUUGUCAUGGCUGCCGCGCAGCCAAGGCGCACCCUCAUGCCUACCCGGACAUCACGUGAAGCUUGUCAUCAAGAGAAUUCAUAAACGCAAUCCAAAUACCUCGCCACCACUUUUGCAAAACAACCACGGGCGGAAUCGUCCACACCGUCCUGACGGCGAUGGGGCGUCGACCAGCUGCAGGCACGACGGCGGCAUUCGCCUCGACGACACGUUCGAGUUGUUGCAGCCGCUGCGCCGCUGUAAAUUUUUGCGCAUGCCACCACUGUUGAAUGUACAAAGCUGCUGCGUGUUGGUUCUGCACGUGGAUGACGACACUUCGCCACCACUGGAGUUGCUGAUACCGCCUGACAAAUAGCUGCAACGUCGUGGCAGCUACACGCCUCCUUGUCGCAAGCUCCCGGCUUCGAACGUCUUCAGCAUGGAGUCGGCGUUCCUUUUCGCGUUGCUGCUGCAGGUUGAGUCGUUCCAGCAUGGCUGCGGCAGCCGCAUUCGCCGCGCGAACUUGCUGGACCAACGCUGCCCAUCGGUGUUGAAUUCGAACGUGGCGUUGGUUCAUUAGCACCGUGUACGCCCACGUUUGCAACGUUGCCGCGGCCGUGCGUUGUUGUUCUUGGCGCACGAGCGACACAACGUGAUGCCAAAAGUCGGCCAACCGAUGCACGUGACAAUGUCGGCGCCACCACCGCUGGAGGCGCACACUGGCGUGCAUCUGAAUCUGGUCCAUGAGUGCAUGGACUUUGACCGCUCGAACUUGGCGCCACCAGCACUGGAUCGAGCGGGUGGCCAACUCGUGGCAGCGCUGUUGCCACAGCUCAAUCGUCAGCGCCUUCCACCGCUGCUUGACAUCCCACACGUGUUGUGCUUGCACCCACCAGAGCUGGAUGCGCGUCGCGGCAACUUCUUCCAGCAUUCGAGCGUCUUCUUCAAGCUGCUUCUGUCGAACUUGCUCGUCUUGUUUCAGUUGAUCUUUCACUUGGCGGGCCAGCUUCACUUGUCGACACGCGCGGAACCAUCGCUGCAAUAUCGUCGCGGCCACCACGUCUCGGUCCCGACGCUCCCACAGCGCCAUGGUGAUCUCCACCCACCAUUGCUUUAAGUUGACCAGGUGCUUCGUGGUCGUCCACCAUUGCUGGAGCCGCGACGCCGCCGCCGCUCGCACCCGCACGUGCUCCACGACAACGUUGACAACGGCGCGCCAUCUUUGAAUGCGUUGACGACGUCGCCACAUCGCUUGAAUCAUCCGUGCAGCCGUCACUUGCGUGUCGAGUUCCCACAAAUCGUACGCGAGCUGAAUCCACGUCUCUCGGCACCGCCACAGCUGCAAACUGCGUCGUGCCCAAGACUGAAGCACCGUCACCGCAGCAUGUUUCCGUGCGGCAGCGUUGGCGAUCGUUUUCUUGGCAAUGUGGUGGUGCAACCAUGCUCGUUGAAUGGUUGUGGCAGCGUCCGCAUGUUGUUCCGACACAACUGUUGCGAGCUGCGUCCACCACGUCUUGACGGCGUACACACGGGAAUAGUUGCGGUACCAGCGCUGCAGCCGCAUCGCCGACGCCAUGCGCACUUGAUUCCACAGGUCUUGGCGAUGCACGUCGACCGCCGCAUAUACGACAGACCGCAACACCUCGAUCGUGCGCACAUGUCUCCACCACAACAGCACCGUGCGCACGGCGGCCUUGCGCUGAACGAGCUGAUAGAUCAUGUUGUUCCAGUUCUGCUGGACAUGGCGGACCGCACGGCAGUGGCGCCACCACGUCUGAAGCCUGAGCGUCGCCAUCACGCGCGGGUGUUCCAGCGCGGCGCCCCAGGCGCGCCACAGCGGCCGCGUUGCAUCGUGGCAACGGCGAACCCACGUUUGGAUCGUUGUCGCCGCUUUGGUUUGGCGAAUGUCGAGGCGAACGUAAUACACCAACGCAUACCAGAACCCUUGAACGUGGUGGCGAUGGUACCAACGUUGAAUGACUGUCGCCGCAGUGUGGCGCACACGAUGGCCGUGAAACACCAGCGCGCGCCACAGAGUUUGUGUUUGGUGGCGGUGGUAGUAACGGUGCCACCAGGCCUGGAGCGUGGUGGCCGCGAUAGCUUCUGGUGGUGGCAGCAACGUGUGGCUGGCAUGGCUCACUGGUGGGUGUCCAUGCGUCAAGCGAGCAGGUGAUGGCCGCAACCACCUCCUCGCAGCCGUUUGCAAUACGUACACUGCAUGCAGCCGUGCGGCCUUGACUUGUUUCGCCAACACCACCCGACCAAACGAUUGCAGAGUGCAGAUGUAGCCUAGCCGUCGACGAAUGGAUCGCUGGAUGUACCGCGUGAGGGACGUUGAGGCCCAAAAGCGCUGCAGCACCCGAACGCUUUGGUCUCGCUUGACCGCGCGGCUUCUGCGAAAUCGAGGCACCCACCAAUGUUGGAGACAGAAGGCGGCGUGGAUUUCGCGACUUGCGCCGAGAAGCCGCGCAUGGAGAUACGCGAGAAAGGUGAGGAUGCACUUUUCCUCGGGGAGGUGCUCCGAGUCGAAGAGGGGAAGGAGAACGGGCACUUGACCAAGCUGUUUGACUUUGUGGUUGACAAGGGCAAAGUUGGCGCGUUCGUUGGCCAGGAGUGGCGUCAUCGUGGCCAUCCGUUCUGUCGUCGUGUCACUCGUCGUCCACUGAAUUUCCCAUUUUUCCAGGAGCUACCUCGACCACCACAGUCAAG